AUGCCGGUCUCGAAAAAUGCCAACUUUUCCAAGAACGAAAAGAAAGAGCGGUUGGAGGAAGAAAAGAGACAGAAUGCCGUCAAGAGGUUUUUGGAAACCUCCAAAGUUGACCUGAAUGCAGCCGACCUGGCCGGCCGCACAGCCGUCCACCACUUGGUCAAGACACGCUCCUACGGCACACAUGAGAACACAGUCAUGCUGGACUUACUGUUCCGACUGGGCGCCAAGGUCACAGUGCGGGACAAGCGGGGAAAAACACCGUUGGAUUAUGCCAUGGAGGUCCGCUCAAUAAAAAUGGCCGCAACACUGCAACGACUCAUGAAGGUCAAAGAUGCCAAAUGGAAGCUGCCCAAGCCCGAGCCUGCCUCGUGGAUGGACAGCAGCCACUUCAGAAAGCCCAAGCCCAACUUCAAAGCUGAUGCUCGGGCCAUGAUCAAGCAGCUGGAGACAGCAGUCACUGCUAAAAAGACCAAGGGGAGGAAGCAGGAGGCAGAGAGUGGGGCCAAGGUUGAUCCCUUGUCCAAAUUCAAGGAAGGAGGGGUGGUCCUUAUGGAUGAAGAACUAGGAGUGCCCUUCAAUGCCACCUUGACACGAGUAGAUGUCAGACACGGGACCUACGGGAUGAACAACUUCUACAAAAUGCAGAUCAUUCACCAGACUGGCAAGGAUAUGAUCCUGCUGUUCACACGAUGGGGUCGCAUCGGUGAGGAGGGGCAGUACCAACGUACCCCAUUCAGCAGCAGACAGGAAGCUGUCAAGGAGUUCCAGAAGAUCUUCCGUGCCAAGACUGCCAACCACUGGGCCGACGUUAAGAACUUUCAGAAGGUUGCCAAGAAGUACCACCUGGUGCCGGAUGACCCUUGGAGGGUCCAACGCAAGGAAGCCCUGAAGGAAUUCAAGUUCAACUUGGAGUCCAAGGUCCCAUCCAAGCUUCCCAAGGAGCUGCAGAAGGCCAUCCAGGAGCUGAUCAAACCAGAGAUACUUGCAAGGGCCUUGUCGGACUCUGGCAUUGACACGUCCAUUAUGAACAUGGGCAACCACCUCCCCAGGGAAUCUCUACUAAAAGCUAAGGAGGUCUUGGUCAAGAUAAGGGAGAUUUUAGAGGAAGCGGAGCAGGAUAAGAAGGCUUCUGACCGAGACAUGAAGAAGUACCAGGCCGACAUGGAAAGGGUAUGCGAUUUAAGCAGCGAGUACUAUCAGCUGAUUCCGUGCGUCAACUUCACCUACGACAAAAUCCCCCCACUGACUGAUUUGAGCACUCUGGAUGAAAAUGCAAAGAAGCUGGAGAUAUUACUGGACCUGGCCACCACAAACCUUAUCCUGCUAGGCGCCCAGUACAGGGUCAAAGAAAUCAACCCCUUGGAUUACAUCUACAGUUGCCUUGGCUGCCAGAUUGAGAUCAUGAAUGAAGACGAAGAGGAAGCCCAGCUCAUACUGCAGUACAUUGACAACACCACCGAUAAUGGCAAGUACGGUGUGCAGGCCAUCUUUCGUCUAGCCAGAGAGGGAAAGGAUGAGAAACUGAGGUCCACUGAGCUGGGUAACCAUCGGCUACUGUGGCAUGGCAGCAAGUGUUCCAACGUCAUCAGCAUCCUGAAGAGAGGCUUGCUCAUCACCCCACCGGAGGCAGCCGUCACUGGAUACCGAUAUGGCAGGGGACUCUACACCUCUGACGCCUUUGCCAAGAGCGUCUCUUAUAGCGUGGACUCCUUCGGCAGAGGGAACUCCAACUUUGUGUUCUUGUGUGAGAUUGCCCUGGGGAAAGUGGCUGUGGAUUAUGACAGCGAUCUGGUUGUGAAGGAUGGCUAUGACAGUCUGCAAGCCAAAUCUGGAAACAAGAUCCUACUGCCCUCAAGGGAUCUCUUCUUGACCUCAGGUGCCACCAUUCCCCUGGCCAGGUUGGAAGAUGCGAGUGAUUACCGUAGGUACAGAGACUACACUGAGUACGUGGUGUACAAGGAAAGCCAGGCGCGCCUAUGUUACCUUGUGCAGUGUCGUCAGGAAGCAAACAGCGACGAUGAUGUUGAUGAUAACAGUGAGGAUGAUGACGAAAUGGAAGACUGCGAUGACUACUAACCUUCCAGCGGGUGCAUACUGCGAAUAUGUUCCAGGGAUUCCACUAUGCUUGUUUCAUUUUGACAUUCCAGGUAGUGCUAGAUAGAGCACUGCUGUUUUUUACCAUCCAGCAUGAAAACUAUGCUGAUGAGAUUUGUCUUAAAGUUAGGCAGUGGAAUGAUUGGUUCAUCGGGCACACAAUGGAGAAAUAUUUGAUGAAGAAAAGUCAAGGGAGAAGUAUAUGAAUUGAACUUUUGAUGAAAACUUUUAUUGGCUUUUACCUUUUAGAAAUGGAACUCCUAGCAUUGGCAAUACCCCAAAAGAGAUUCUAGAAAUAACCCAGACCAACAUACCAACUCGAAGAUUUGCUAUCAUAAAUGCAUUUUGUCAGGUGCAAUAAAACCGGACUCUUAUGUCUGGUAUCUCACCUUGUGCAGGUGUUCACUGGAGGCCUGUUUGUUUCACACGGAUCUCGAUCAGUGAUCCUAACGCUGGUUUGCACCAUCCAUUAGGCCAUCCAUUUGGUGUCUCUAAACCAAUGACAGAUCACUGAUCGUGAUCCUGAUCCAUGUGAAACAAACACGGCCAUGGGGUGCCCUACUUUGUUUUAAUAAAAACGUUCAAAACUCACCUUUAUAUUUCAGUUAACCUCAUGCUCAACUUUUGUUCUAUUAUUAUAAAGAUAUUUUAUUGCUUUUUUGUUUUUUCUGCUAAUACGUAUUCACUGAAUUAUGUCUUCCCCAGAUGACUUAAUAGCAACAGUGCCCUCAGUUGUCCAAGAAAGCUUGGAUAAUUGUAAAAAGUGCACUUUUUCAAAACAUUUAA